AUGUUCAACAAGAUCGUUGCUGUUGUCACCGCUGUUGUUGGCGCUAGCUCCUUGUUGGCUGGUGUAGCUGCCCUACCCACCAACAUCACCGAGUCUGCGGUUGGAGCGCGCUCGAUCAACCCUGCCGGUAACCACGUCGGACAAUUGACUUACUUCGAUAUUGGUCUUGGCGCUUGUGGCUGGCGGAACACGAACACUGAAUGGGUUGCUGCCAUCUCUCACGAGCUCUACGACAACUGGCCAGGCUACACCGGUGGAAACCCCAACAAUAACCCUGUCUGCACCACUCCCCACACUGCUGACAUCACCUACGGCGGCAAGACCAUCCGUGUCGGAAUCGUCGACCGUUGCGAAGGCUGCGCUCUCUGGGACGUCGAUCUUUCGCCUUCUGCCUUCCAACAGGUGCCGUACUUUCCCGAGUUUUUCGAUCCAUCAAAAAAACUGACUUUGCUUUGUAAACAACCCAGUUUGCUCCGUUGGCUUCCGGUCGUCUCUAUGGUGCUACGUGGCACUUCAACUAAAGACUCGCACGCUAUUGCGGGUCACGUCGGUGUAAAAUCGGGCUGGCUGUAG